GGGGCGGUGGCAUGGGAGGCUGUGGAGCGUGGUGGUUGCUGACUCCCUCCACUCGGCGCCCCUGCCGGCCCCAGCUCCCGGCCCGGCCAGCCGGCUGAGAUUAGGAAGUGGCUGCCUGCACUAUUUUCCAAAGGAUAAAUGUUACAAAGCAUUGAAUACCGCAGCUCACCCAGAAAAUCCUACUGGUUUGGGGGGGACACCUCUUCCAGCAGCCCCAAGGGAUGCUGCUGCCCUGGUCUCCUCCCUGCAAGGUUUUGUGUAGAUCCUGUGCAGUGAUGGGGAAACUGCAAAGCAAACUCAAACAUAGCACUUACAAGUACAGCAGGCCCGACGGAAUUCUAGAAGAGAGAAUUCAAACUAAAGCUUGUCAGGAGUAUAGCCCAGCCCACGUGGAUACUGUGUCUGUCGUUGCUGCCCUGAGCUCAGACCUGUGUGUCUCUGGAGGAAAAGAUAAGACAGCCGUGGCCUAUGACUGGAAAACCGGAAACGUGGUGAGACGUUUCAGAGGACACGAACGAGAAAUCACUAAGAUAGCCUGUGUGCACAGAUCGAGCCAGUUCUUCAGCGCCUCUCGUGACAGGAUGGUCAUGAUGUGGGACUUGCACGGCCCCUCGCAACCAAGGCAACAGUUCUCUGGCCACACCAUGGUGGUCACUGGAUUGGCCGUGAGUCCAGACUCUUCACAGCUGUGUACUGGCUCUCGGGACAACACCCUGCUUCUGUGGGACGUUGGGACCGGCCAGUGUGCAGAGACAGCUUCCAUCUCCAGGAACCUGGUCACUCACUUGUGCUGGGUCCCCCAGGAACCAUAUAUACUACAGACUUCUGAAGAUAAAACCAUCAGAUUAUGGGACAGUCGGGGGCUGCAGGUAGCGCAUAUAUUUCCCACAAAGCAGCAUAUUCAGACCUACUGCGAGGUCAGUGAGGAUGGACACAAAUGUAUCUCCUGCAGCAACGGCUUUGGAGGGGAAGGCUGUGAAGCCACGUUGUGGGACCUACGGCAGACGCGGAAUAGAAUAUGUGAAUACAAGGGGCAUUUCCAGACUGUCACAUCCUGUGUCUUUCUACCAAGAGCAUUAGCCUUGAUGCCUACAAUUGCCACCUCAUCACAUGACUGCAAAGUGAAGAUUUGGAACCAAGAUACUGGAGCCUGCCUGUUCACCUUGUCCCUGGACGGAUCAGGACCUUUGACUUCCCUGGCUGUUGGCGACACCGUCUCCUUGCUGUGUGCGAGUUUCAGCCGAGGAAUUCACCUGCUCAGAGUGGACUACAGCCAAGGGCUGGCACUGCGGGAGGUGGCAGCAUUCUGAGGCCAAGAGACAUUCACUUUCAAACCGUGGCCUGUCCUUUCUCAGUGUGGCUUUGUUCUUCCCUGUGAUCUUGCGGGGGGCGGGGGUGGGCGGUGAUGUGGGACCAGGGUUCUCUGCUUAGUUCCACUCAGAAGGCAUAUCAGGGUUAGAAGCCACUUUAAGCCCAGGUGCCGUUUAGAAACAUGAACUAAACAUAAAGUUCUCCAUCGAGGUGAAAUCCAAACACAGUUUUCAGUGUUUGGAACCGCUCUUCAAAAACCAAGUUUUUGGCUCCAAAUGGUGCCCUGCAUGUGUAAGAGUGAUAGGCCUCUGUGAGUCAGAACACAGGGUUGAGUCUGUCGAACUGGCCUGUUCCGUGUCUCCACGAGAGAAGAAGAUGCAGGGGGGAGGCACACCGUUCUGGCAGCCUCACGGUGAUCCAGAUGGGGAAGGACAGUGCAGCUCCAUAGCGGAAAUGGAUCGCAGACAUGAGAUUAAGCUCCAGUCACUGCUCCUCAGCAAGGUGAAGAACCAAAGUUAGGGCAAGAAAGAAGUCUUGGCUUCUACUCGGAGGAGCCGCAGAGUGGAAGGAGGCACGUCCUAGACCGGUGCUGAGGUGGCAUGAAAAUUAGACCCCAGGUGGCUUGGAAAGGCCAACAGCCCAAGGGCCUUGCCCAGAAUCCUAAUUGUCAAACCUGUUCCGUGCAUAAGAAAAUGGGGAGGUUCUGGGCGCCCGAGUGGCUCAGGUCAUGAUCUCACAGUUCAGGGGUUCGAGCCCUGAAUCGGGUUCUGUGCUGACAGCUCAGAGCCUGGAGCCUGCCUUGGAUGUGUCACCCUCUCUUUCUGCCCCU